AUGGGCGGUGACGAAUUUGGAUUCAGAAAGCUAUAUGAAAAUCCAUAUAUUAAAGAUAAAGAAACAUUUGUGAUUCGUUUUGUUCAGGUGGAUGGAUAUUGGAAGGUGGAGCAUAUGCUUGACCAGCUUGUGAAUAAA